UACUCACCUCGAUUAAUUGACGAAUAAAAAUAAAUCAAAGGGACGAAGGAAUGACAGAGACGUGGCGCUAACAUCGACAUCGUUAGUUGGCGGUGAACAGCGGCAGCGGUGGAUCAGGCGACAUGCUCAGGUACCACUCUAACCAGUUUCCUGCGGCUCUGUUCUCUCUGAGUGGGGGCCUAACAAGUGGUAUCGGAGCCAAGGUGCAGAGCCCGGAGUUGCAGUCUAGGGAGGAAGGAGAUAGAGCAAGGAGCAAGAGGAGGGCGUGCCACUUCAGUGGAGGAGGUGGUGGUCGAGUCAGCAGAGGUGGGUCCAUGAGUGCCACGUCAGUAGUCUGUGGGUCCGAGUGCCACGUCAUCAUCCAGUCAGUUUCCUCAAAUUUGGAUUGUUUGGUAUUGGUUGAUUGCUGCUUGAGUGGAACUAUGACUACCUUGAAGUUUGAAGUUCCGUUAUUUGAUGGAAGAACGGACUUCAUGUUGUGGCAAUGCACGAUUCAAGACUAUUUGGUCCAGCAAGGUCUUGAUUUAGCAUUGCAAGAUGAGAAGCCAAGUGAUAUGAAAGAAUCAGAGUGGAGUACAAUCCUGAAGAAGGCUGCCAGCACAAUUCGGUUGGCACUGUCCCCACAGAUUAAAGUGACAGUGCUGAAAGAGACAUCACCAAAGAAGCUGUGGGAAACGUUGGAGAGCAAGUUUGCGUCGAAGACACUUACUAACCGGUUGAUGAUGAGGAUGGACUUGUACUCACUGAAGAUGGAAGAGGGAGGUAGCGUAAUUGAUCACAUCAACAAGUUUAAUGAGCAAGUAUCAAGGCUGUUAAAUGCAGGGGAGACUAUCAAGGAUGAAGAGCAAGGGCUGCUUCUACUGGCUUCACUACCAAAAUCCUUUAAGCCGUUUGUGUAGUCAAUGAUAGUAGGAAGGACUACACUGUGACUAGAUGAGGUGACGACUGCCUUGAAGGAGAGUCAAAGGAUGAUGGGAGGUGAAGAGUCUUCCGGGGACCGUCAUUUACUAGCUGCUGUGAGUGUUGAGAAAGGGAGGAAGAAGAAGAGUGACCAACUUGGGAGAAGAUCUCAUCUGAGAGACAUGAGCACUGUUAGGUGCUAUUACUGUGAAAAG